GAAGAACGUCACGUCAGCAGACGUCGUGCGGGGAUUGGUAUGCUAGCUACAUUGAAACAAUCCGAACAACUCAAGCGCUCCAACAUUUCUUUUUUUUCUUCUGUAGCAGCGCAGCACUUCGCGGCGCUUUUCUUCCCGUUUCGGCGUCUGCGUUGUUUACCGGAACACUUCCGCAGCCGGUGACGGUGAGAGCGCGAGAACUUGUCGGUGUGUAAGUUUAUCUCACGUUACUUAAAAGUCGGCUGUUAUAAAAGCGAGUGUGUAGCGCUCGCGCUUCAGUGCUGGACUGAUUUCUCUUUAAAAAAAAAAAAAAAAAGGAAAUGUGUAGAAAUGCAGGAUUCGGUUCGGGUUUGAUCCGGACGUGGUCCCGGUUCUAGAGUCGGUGUCUCUCAAAAUAAUAAUAUAAUGAGGCUUAAAUAACACUGAGUAAUAUGGCUCUGUGGACCUGCUGGAGCAAUGUGUCCCAUUUCUAAGGAAAGGAUUCCUGCUCUGGUUCGGUUCUUCUUCAUGGACUUUUUCCUGUUUUUUUCAUGAGAAGAUGUUCUUCAUCAUCUCGAAAUGCUCAUUCUGUAAGAGCCUCUAAAAGAAGCAUGGUUCAGUGCCUCAUAAGCGUGCAUACCGACAGUGAUUCAGAUUAAAGUCCAUGCAAGUGAAGCUACACGUUGAAGAGGGGAGGUAAGUGCACGGUAAGUAAAAGUCGCCCACAUGCUCUGGCUUUGGGAACUGGAUCAGAAAAGCGUUGAACCCUUGCAGGCUGGUGGAAGAUGGCCGUGCUUCCCAGUAGGAGCGGGUGAGAGCACAACCUCAGGGCGCAUUGGAUCUAUUGAUAAAGAUCUCGACCCGGACCGAAGGACACAUGCAGGCCAAAAAGCGGUAUUUCAUCUUGUUCUCCGCCAGCACCUGCCUCGUACUGCUGCUGUACCUCGGUGGGGUGCAGAUCGCCGAAAGGAGCCCAGGUGGCAGCAACCGGCGUGGCCCGGAACCUCGCUGGCCCAGAUUUGUCGAGCACCUCCAACCUUUCCGUACGUUGGAUCACGCGGAAACCGAGGACAGCGUUCCGACAUCUCCGAGGGACAAGAGAGAUGCCAUCUCCGGCAUAUACAGGGGCCGGAUGUGCCGCAUGGACUCGUGCUUUGACUUCUCCUUGUGCAGGAAGAACGGCUUCAAAGUUUACGUCUACCCUCAGGAGAAGGGCGAGAAGAUCUCAGAGAGCUACCAGAACAUUUUGGCUUCGAUCGAGGGUUCUAGGUUUUACACGUCCGACCCGGGGCAGGCUUGCUUGUUUGUCCUGAACCUGGACUCCCUGGACCGGGACCAGUUGUCCCCGCAGUAUGUCCACAAUCUGAAAGUGAAGCUCCAGAACUUGAAUCUAUGGAACGACGGCAGGAACCACCUGAUUUUCAAUUUGUACUCUGGGACGUGGCCGAAUUACACGGAGGACUUGGGUUUCGACAUCGGCCAGGCCAUGUUGGCCAAGGCCAGCAUCAGCACGGAGAACUUCAGACCCAACUUCGACGUUUCCAUUCCUCUUUUCUCUAAAGAUCACCCAAGGACAGGAGGGGAGAGGGGGUACUUGAAAUACAACACCAUCCCGCCGUUUAGGAAGUACCUGCUGGUAUUUAAGGGGAAGCGCUAUCUGACCGGGAUCGGUUCGGACACGCGGAACGCUCUGUACCACGUCCACAAUUCGGAGGACGUGGUCCUGCUCACCACCUGCAAGCACGGCAAAGACUGGCAGAAGCACAAGGACGCAAGGUGCGACAGGGACAACGCCGAAUAUGACAAGUAUGACUACAAAGAAAUGUUGCACAACUCCACGUUUUGUCUGGUGCCUAGAGGACGCCGUCUGGGCUCCUUCCGCUUCCUCGAGGCUUUACAGGCCGCCUGUGUUCCUGUCGUGCUCAGUAAUGGCUGGGAGCUCCCUUUCUCCGAGGUCAUUGACUGGAACACGGCUGCCGUCAUCGGCGAUGAGAGGCUGCUUUUACAGAUUCCCUCCACCAUCCGCUCCAUCCACCAGGAUAAGAUCCUUUCCCUCCGGCAGCAGACACAGUUUCUCUGGGAGGCGUACUUUUCCUCCGUAGAGAAGAUCGUACUCACUACACUAGAGAUCAUCCAUGACCGCGUGUUGCAACACCUGAGCCGCAGCAGCGUGAUGUGGAACAACCUGCCUGGCGGUCUCUUCACCCUGCCGCAGUACUCCUCCUACCUGGGACACUUCCCUUUCUACUUCGCCCCACUCGGUAUCAAACCACAUCAGAGGUUCACAGCAGUGAUCCACGCUGUAACACCGCUGGUCUCGCAGUCGCAGCCCAUCCUGAAGCUGCUAGCGUCUGUGGCUAAAUCACAGUACUGUGCACAGAUUAUCAUCCUGUGGAACUGUGACAAGCCUCUUCCUGCAAAGCACCGCUGGCCUGCGACCUCUCAGCCCAUCGUUGUGAUUGAGGGGGAGAGUAAGGUGAUGAGCAGCCGUUUCCUGCCCUACAGCAACAUCGUAACAGAUGCCGUGCUGAGUCUGGACGAGGACACCGUGCUCUCCACCACUGAGGUGGAUUUUGCCUUCACUGUUUGGCAAAGUUUCCCUGAGAGGAUUGUGGGAUAUCCAGCCAGGAGCCAUUUCUGGGACGUCAACAAGGAGCGCUGGGGCUAUACAUCCAAGUGGACCAAUGACUAUUCAAUGGUGCUGACUGGAGCUGCUUUCUACCACAGAUAUUAUAAUUACUUGUAUACAAAUUACCUGCCAGCCAGCUUGAAGAGCAUGGUUGACCAGCUAUCAAACUGUGAAGAUAUCCUCAUGAACUUUCUCGUGUCCGCUGUCACCAAGAUGCCCCCCAUCAAGGUCACGCAGAAGAAGCAGUACAAGGAGACCAUGAUGGGACAGCAGACGUCGCGAGCCUCUCGUUGGGCAGACCCUGACCACUUCGCCCAGCGGCAGACUUGCAUGAACAAAUUUGCCAGCUGGUUUGGCAGCAUGCCCCUCGUCCACUCCCAGAUGAGACUGGACCCCAUUUUGUUCAAGGACCAGGUGUCCAUACUGCGCAAAAAAUACAGAGACAUCGAGAGACUCUAACCGAAAUCCCCGAGAGCCCUUUCCAAAGGGAGCAGCGGAGCCUCGUGUCACCCCAUGUAGGGUGAGAACAAGGGGGAGGAGGUGGAACCCUCAGCAAGGGAGCGAGCUGGUCAGGAAGAGGUGGAUGGUGGAGGAGGAGGAGGGGUUGUGCAUAAUGAAGUCCUGCUGUCAAAAAAUGUACAACAUAUCAUUGUGCUUGUCUGAUACACAUCAUUUGUUUUACACUACAGCAGGGGUUAUUUUUUUGGCAGUUGGACUAGCUUGGCACAACACACACACAAACGCACACACAUACACACACACACACGGUCAUAUCAGUGUGUCAGACUUCCACCCCCCAUGUUGAUGUUGUAAUGCUUUGCCAAGGUUAACCGUGACCAUGGCGACCUUGGAUGUGACAGGGAGACACACUCAUACACACACACACACUUAACCACGCACAGUCCUGGACUUGAACAGAAAAUGGUUAACAGGACCCCGAAGGCUUUUGCACCAGAAUUCUGUCCGUCUCAUCAAAAUGCGUGAUGGGACGCACUCUAAAGCUCUUACCUGCAUGUUUGUUUCAUCAGCCUUCAGUCCUGGUCGGUUCCUUGGAAUUGGUGGGAUCGCUCGUCCUGCCAAGGGACUGAAAAAUGCGACAAUGUCACAGUGCCUGACCUUUCGGGGUGCGCUUGGGAGUCCAAAUAGGACCCGACUGAAUGCAAAAAAAAAAAAAAAAAGAGCGCCUCGGUCAUGCUGCUUGUGUAUCUGCCCAAAGUUCUCUUUUUUUGCUGUUUUUUUUUUUUUUUUGUUUUGUUUUGUUUUUCACUCUCACAUCUUCUGUUAUCAUAAGCUUUUCUCUCUAGUUGUAAGAGAUCAUGACCUCGGCUCUUUAAAUUUUGAGCUUAAACAAGGCUCUUGAAGCUAAACAUGUUGCACGCUAAUUUCUGAGCCUGUGUGAUUGGAUUUACAGCCUUUGGAACUAAAACACUAUGACAUUCAUUUCAUAUUUAAGAUUAAUAAUCUGGUUUUUUUUUAUUAUUAUUUGGAGAGGCUUAAUAAUGCCAAUGCUUGCCAUUGAUCUAUUUCUUUUCACAUAUCAGAAUAUUAAUUUGCACAUCUUGAAAAAUUUAACAUGAAGAAAUAUGACGCAGUCCAAAGUGUACUGUGGUAUUAGAUGUUAACGGUAAGGGAUUUUCUUUUGUUCAUUUAUUUUUCAAGGCAAGUUUAGGAAGUCUAAUAGAAAGAGGAAACUUAUAUCUGUGGUAGGGCCUUUAAUUGUUUUAUUGGGAGUGAGAAAUCCAAGAAAGCUGUGUGUAAAGUUAUUUAUCUUUGCCUCAUUAUUUCACAUUUGAUCCAGAUGGUCUGAGCUAAGUGAAUGUUAAUGAAGAGGUAAUAUCUAUAUGUAUGUAAUACCAAAUCGUCUCCGUAAUCGCUUCCACUGAAGCACUGAAAAAUCAGUAUAGAAACCGAUUCCUCCAGUGAAGAUUGUAUGAUUGUACCCUAAAGUAUUAUAACGAAAAUCAGUCUUGAACUUUCAUAUCACUUCUCAUUCUCCACUGCAUUUUUUCAGACAGAUCAUCCGGACGGUUUUAUAUCCAUACCAGGAAUCGAGUCCAACUGAGGCAUGUUUUGCAGAUUUUUUUUUUUUUUUUUUUUUU